CCCACGUGUUCCAGCCAAUGGGAGCGGAGCGUGAGCCGGCCCCCGUCACCCGCUCCCACACGGAUUUCAGCUGGGGGGAAGCUCUAUAAAAGGUCGGAAUCGCGGAGAUCGUCGCAGAUCAUCAUCAUCAACCUGCGAGACGGAAACGGGAAAGUUCUAGAGAGAGAGAGAGGGAGAGGGAUCGCCUGCAACGCCUUCUUCUUCUUCUUCUUCGGCCGUGCUUUGGUGGAUUCGCGCCUCUCGGAUCUCGCCUCUCCUCCUUCAUCAACCAUGACUACAUCAAGGCGUUUCGCAGACAGGAAGGUGGACAGGUUCGAAAAGAAUAUUAAGAAGAGAGGAGCUGUGCCUGAAACAACCACCAAGAAAGGAAAGGACUAUCCCGUCGGUCCACUGCUGCUUGGGUUCUUCAUUUUCGUCGUCAUCGGCUCAUCUCUUUUCCAGAUAAUCAGGACUGCAGCAAGCGGAGGAAUGGCAUAAGCUUUGGGGUGAUGGAGAGCAAUGUCAUCACUUAGUUCGUAGGAAACAGAGAAAUGGAAAGUCUAUCCGGCUAGUUGUCAUGGUGUGAAUUCUGGAUUCCAAUACAAUAUGAUCCCUUUAUUUUUCUCAUUUUAGUUUCUUCGGAAGGAAAUGAUGCUCGGAUGUUGGACUUGAUUGUGGUGAUUUUCAUCCUUCACAUAAUUCAGGCUAGAGCCAUUCGAAUUA